CGGCCUCAGCCCUCAGAGGAGUGCGGGAGGUCGGGUGAGGGCUUCAGUCGCCAGCGAGCGGAGUGUUGUCUGCUUCUCAGCUCCCUCAGUUUUGCGCUGUCCGCCGCCGCCAUGGCCCAAGCUGAUAUCGCACUGAUCGGAUUGGCUGUCAUGGGCCAGAACUUAAUUUUGAACAUGAAUGACCACGGCUUUGUGGUCUGUGCUUUUAACAGGACAGUCUCCAAAGUUGAUGAUUUCUUGGCCAAUGAGGCAAAGGGAACCAAAGUGGUCGGUGCUCACUCCUUGGAGGAGAUGGUCUCCAAGCUGAAGAAGCCGCGGAGGAUCAUCCUUCUUGUGAAGGCUGGUCAAGCUGUUGAUGAUUUCAUUGAAAAACUGGUUCCGUUGUUGGACACUGGUGAUAUUAUCAUUGAUGGGGGAAAUUCUGAAUACAGAGAUACCACAAGACGGUGUCAAGACCUCAAGGCCAAGGGAAUCUUGUUUGUGGGAAGUGGAGUUAGUGGUGGAGAGGAAGGGGCCCGGUAUGGCCCAUCACUCAUGCCAGGAGGGAACAAAGAAGCCUGGCCCCACAUCAAGACAAUCUUCCAAGACAUCGCUGCAAAAGUAGGAACUGGAGAACCCUGCUGUGACUGGGUGGGAGAGGAAGGAGCAGGUCACUUCGUGAAGAUGGUGCACAAUGGGAUUGAGUAUGGCGAUAUGCAGCUGAUCUGCGAGGCUUACCACCUGAUGAAGGAUGUCCUGGGCAUGGAGCAUGAUGAGAUGGCAAAGGCAUUUGAGGAGUGGAAUAAGACAGAGCUAGACUCGUUCCUGAUUGAAAUCACAGCCAAUAUUCUGAAGUUCCAAGAUACUGAUGGCAAACACCUGCUGCCGAAGAUCAGGGACAGUGCCGGGCAGAAGGGCACCGGGAAGUGGACAGCCAUCUCAGCCCUGGAGUACGGGGUCCCCGUCACCCUCAUCGGAGAAGCUGUCUUUGCACGAUGCUUAUCAUCCCUGAAGGAUGAGAGGACAAAAGCUAGCAAAAGGCUGAAGGGUCCCCAAAAGACGCAGUUUCAAGGUGAUAAGAAAUCAUUCCUGGAGGACAUUCGGAAGGCCCUCUAUGCUUCCAAGAUCAUCUCUUAUGCUCAAGGCUUUAUGCUGCUAAGACAGGCAGCCACCGAAUUUGGCUGGACCCUCAACUAUGGUGGCAUUGCCCUGAUGUGGCGGGGAGGCUGCAUCAUCAGAAGUGUAUUCCUAGGGAAGAUAAAAGAUGCGUUUGAUCGAAACCCAGAACUUCGGAAUCUACUGCUAGAUGACUUCUUUAAGUCUGCCAUUGAAAACUGCCAGGCCUCCUGGCGGCGGGCCAUCAGCACUGGCGUCCAGACAGGCAUCCCCAUGCCCUGCUUCACCACCGCUCUUUCCUUCUAUGACGGGUAUAGGCACGAGAUGCUGCCAGCCAACCUGAUCCAGGCCCAGCGAGAUUACUUUGGCGCUCACACCUAUGAGCUCUUAACCAGCCCGGGACAGUUUAUCCACACUAACUGGACAGGCCACGGGGGCAACGUGUCGUCCUCUUCCUAUAAUGCCUAAUCAGACUCUCCAUUACCCAACACUCCAUAGACCAGAACAUUCCACUUGCCACACGACACUGCUUACAUGGCCCUCUGCCCUGCCUUCUGCUCGAUCUUUUAAUAUAAAGUUUUGUAAGAGACUCCUGAAGAGGUGACGCAGUUCUGAGAGAACUCUUAGGUCCUCUGCCUUUGCCUCUUGGGACUGACCAGGAACUGACCCCGUGUGUGGCAAUGGGAACCCGGCUCCUGAGGCUCUUGUCUUCCACAGGGCCCCAGGGUUAGGGGGGCAGCAUAGGUCCCCGAUAGAGGCAGCAACUCUGAUCACAUCAGUGGGAAGUUUUUGUGGGAUCUGACCAAACUGGAACCUUUGUAUCAUGCAAUCCAAUUCCUUUUUUCCUCUACUUAAUAAAAGCUACAUUAUGUAUA